UUUUUUCUUUUCAUUUUUUAUUAUAAGUUUAAAUCUAUGGUCAUGUUAAUGUACGUCCCGAGGCUGCGCGACCAGUCCAGAAUGGAAACAAAGCGAGAGAGUGAGAGUGAUAGAGAAAGAGUCAUUUUUUUUUAAAGCAAAGCAAAGGAGAGGCAGGGACCUCACAAGCCUUUUACACGUGAUAAAGAAAACACCAAAAGCGCUUUGCAUGCGUGUAUAAAGAUUCAUAUUCAUCAUCAUCAUCGUCUUACUCUCUCUCUUUCUCUCUCUGAAUUCUGAAUCCUCCACCAAAACCCCAUCUUUAAUAUUUAUAGCCUACUUUUGGUUCCCCUUUUAAUCUCCCAUCACGUUCUUUGUUUCCCUUCCUUUUUAAAGUACACCACCCUCUCCUCCUUUCUUUGUUAUAUACUAGUACUACUUGCUACUUGUUUUAGUACUUGAUUCAAGUUUCAACUUCAAAGCUACUUCUUUUACUCCUUAAGACUACGCUCUCUCAUAGUUAAGCAGGAAUAGUUUUUGAAUCUGUGAGAAAAAUAAGUGAAGGCUAGAAGUAGAAGAGGAAGAAGAGAAGACAGCGGGUGUUGCGUGACAUAUGGUAAAAGUGAUUCUCUUUUUGAAGAAAAAAGUGGUUGUGCUUUGUUUCAUUAGUCUCAUCAGUCAGCAAAUCAACUAAACCAGCAUGCCUAUAAGGCAGAUGAAAGAGAGCUCAGAGCAACACCUUGUGAUAAAAACCCAAUUGCAGAAUUCCAUGAACCCGGUUCAGAAAGCACCCAAAACAGCCCAAAAUGGCAAAGGUCCACCAUCACCAUCACCACCAAAAGAACCCCACAAUACCAAGCCCCAUAACCAAACUUCACCACCUUCAAAAUCCAGAGGAAGAAGAAGAAACAGAGGGGGCAGAAAGUCUGAUCAAGGUGAUGUUUUUAUGCGUCCAAGUUCUAGGCAUUGCACGGUGGUGCAUAAACCUGUCUCUGCAAACCGUGCAGGAGCUCUUGUAGCAAGUACUGCAAAUGGUACUGUUGAAAAUGGUGGCAACUUGUGUGAACCGGAGAUGCGUUUUCCCACAUCAAGCAAGUCUUUGAGUUUUGCUCCUAGGCCUGGAUAUGGUCAAGUUGGGGCAAAGUGUAUUGUAAAGGCCAACCAUUUCUUUGCUGAGUUACCAGACAAGGACUUGAACCAGUAUGAUGUUACCAUAACUCCUGAAGUGUCAUCAAGAACUGUAAACAGAGCCAUCAUGGCAGAACUGGUGAGGUUAUACAAAGAAUCUGACUUAGGAACGAGACUACCUGCUUAUGAUGGCAGAAAGAGUCUGUACACAGCUGGGGAGCUUCCUUUUGCUUGGAAGGAGUUCAAAAUUAAGCUAGUAGAUCAAGAAGAUGGAAUCAAUGGCCCUAAAAGGGAGAGAGAAUAUAAAGUGGUGAUUAAGUUUGUUGCAAGGGCAAACAUGCAUCAUUUGGGCCAGUUUCUAGCUGGCAAGCGCGCUGACGCACCACAGGAAGCUCUUCAAAUUCUUGACAUUGUAUUAAGAGAACUUUCAUCAAAGAGGUACUGCCCCGUUGGGAGAUCCUUUUUUUCACCCGAUAUAAGAACGCCACAACGGCUUGGUGAUGGCUUGGAGUCAUGGUGUGGAUUUUAUCAGAGUAUAAGGCCUACCCAGAUGGGCCUGUCCUUGAACAUUGACAUGGCUUCAGCUGCAUUUAUUGAACCUCUCCCAGUUAUAGAGUUUGUUGCCCAGCUUUUAAGCAAAGAUGUUUUAUUAAGGCCAUUGUCUGAUUCUGACCGUGUAAAGAUUAAGAAGGCCCUUAGAGGAGUGAAAGUUGAAGUAACACACAGAGGAAAUGUACGAAGAAAGUAUCGUGUUUCAGGAUUGACAUCUCAACCUACGAGAGAACUAGUGUUUCCUGUUGAUGACAAUUCAAACAUGAAAUCGGUUGUUGAAUACUUCCAAGAGAUGUAUGGCUUCACCAUUCAACAUACACACCUUCCUUGUCUUCAAGUAGGAAACCAGAAGAAGGCUAACUAUUUACCUAUGGAGGCCUGCAAAAUUGUUGAGGGGCAACGAUAUACAAAAAGGCUGAAUGAGAGGCAAAUUACUGCUCUACUAAAAGUUACUUGCCAAAGACCUAGAGAUAGGGAAAAUGACAUUUUGCAGACGGUUCAACAGAAUGCCUACGAUCAAGAUCCUUAUGCAAAGGAGUUUGGGAUCAAAAUUAGUGAAAAGCUAGCUUCUGUUGAGGCACGAAUUCUUCCUGCUCCUUGGCUGAAGUAUCAUGAAACCGGAAAAGAAAAGGACUGUUUGCCACAAGUAGGUCAAUGGAACAUGAUGAACAAGAAAAUGAUCAAUGGGAUGACUGUAAGUCGGUGGGCGUGUAUAAAUUUCUCACGCAGUGUACAAGAAAGUGUUGCUCGUGGGUUUUGUAAUGAACUUGCCCAAAUGUGUCAAGUAUCUGGCAUGGAAUAUAAUCCAGAGCCUGUCAUUCCAAUCUACAAUGCCAGGCCUGAGCAAGUGGAGAAGGCCUUGAAGCAUGUUUUUCAUUCAGCCAUGAACAAGACAAAAGGAAAAGAAUUAGAGCUUCUGUUAGCUAUUUUGCCAGACAACAAUGGGUCACUGUAUGGUGAUCUCAAGCGAAUCUGUGAAACUGAUCUUGGACUAAUAUCACAAUGUUGUCUCACGAAGCAUGUUUUCAAGAUCAGCAAGCAGUACCUGGCUAACGUAUCUCUGAAGAUCAAUGUUAAGAUGGGUGGUAGAAACACUGUUCUUCUGGAUGCUAUCAGCUGCAGAAUACCAUUAGUUAGUGACAUACCAACCAUUAUAUUUGGAGCUGAUGUGACUCACCCAGAGAACGGAGAGGACUCCAGUCCCUCAAUAGCUGCUGUAGUAGCUUCCCAGGACUGGCCUGAAGUAACAAAAUAUGCUGGAUUAGUUUGCGCUCAAGCUCACAGACAGGAACUCAUACAGGACCUGUACAAAACGUGGCAUGAUCCAGUUCGUGGUUUGGUUAGUGGUGGCAUGAUCCGGGAUCUCCUAGUUUCUUUUAGGAAGGCAACGGGGCAGAAGCCACUGAGAAUUAUAUUUUACAGGGAUGGUGUAAGUGAAGGACAGUUUUAUCAAGUUCUGCUUUACGAGUUAGAUGCAAUCCGGAAGGCUUGUGCUUCGCUAGAACCAAAUUAUCAGCCACCAGUGACUUUCAUUGUGGUACAAAAACGACAUCACACUCGAUUAUUUGCUAACAACCAUAGGGACAGGAGCAGCAUGGACAAGAGUGGGAACAUUUUGCCUGGCACUGUGGUUGAUUCUAAAAUCUGUCAUCCAACGGAAUUUGAUUUUUAUCUCUGCAGCCACGCUGGAAUUCAGGGGACAAGUCGGCCAGCUCACUACCAUGUUCUUUGGGAUGAGAACAAUUUUACACCAGAUGGAAUCCAGUCAUUGACGAAUAAUCUCUGUUAUACAUACGCAAGAUGUACGCGUUCCGUCUCUGUUGUUCCUCCAGCGUAUUAUGCACAUUUAGCUGCUUUUCGUGCUCGAUUCUACAUGGAGCCAGAGAUGCAGGAGAAUGGCUCGACGGGUGGGGGUGCUGGUCAUGGUGCCAAGGGAACACGAGCAGCUGGAGAGUCUGGUGUCCGGCCAUUGCCAGCCUUAAAGGAGAAUGUGAAAAGAGUAAUGUUUUACUGUUAGAGACUGCAGAGAGGGUUAGUGGCGGAGCAAUAACCGGGAGAUAUGGCAAUCAUGAAUUGCUAUUUUCUUUUCGGGUAUUUCUUCUUUGUACAUGUAUGACGUGAUCCAGGCGUAGUUACGAGUUCUUCCCAAUUCAGAUCAGUGAGAUUAUAGUGCUAGAGCAAUAGAGCUUUAGUUUAUGGUUCAUACUUGGUAGAGAGCUAGAGAAGAACAUGGGAAGUACACCCAUCAUAGAUUACAGGUCUUUAUCUCUGCAUUGUCCACCCAUAAUGGGAAGAAUGUCAAACUAGGCCAUGUAGAAAAUAUUUUAUCAAUCUAUAUGUAGCAAAAUUUUCCCCAA